AUGGAUGGUAAAGCAAACAGCCACACCAACGGCUCUCUGAAUGGCGGCAACAAGACGACCAACGGCGUCAACAAUGCAAUCAGCCGUCACAGCCACAGCGCAACACCCAGAAGGAAUACACCAUCAGCAAAGUCCAACUCAAGUGUCUUGAGUCGUCUCCUUAGCCUCGCCGCCAGACUAUCCAUAUGGUACUCCAUCCUCACACUUCUCUUCCGCUGCCCUGCCACCUUGGAAGCCUGCAAUGAGACAACGCCCAAGGUUUGCAAGCCGUAUUUCCAGCUCAAGCAGGCAGUCACGCCGCAUGUCACCCCAUACUACGACGUGUAUGCCGCACCUUAUGUAGAUCUGGCAAAGCCCUACUACGACACUGUCGACCGCGCCGUCGUAACCCCAGCUCGGACAUACGCCGUCAAGUAUGGCGGUCCCCAACUCCAAAAGGCACAAGCUCUUGGUCAAUCGCAGUGGGAGAAGAGCCUGCAGCCCCAGCUGCUGAAAUACCAGUCACUCGCAAAGACCCAGUAUGACCAAACCGUCGCGCCCCAUGUCAACAAGGCUUCUGAUAUUGUAGCACCAUAUUACGAUAUCGCCCGAAUCAAUGCCUUCCAGACCUACCACGAGCUGGUUGUGCCUUCGUACUACUUCGUCCAACCUUAUGCUCUCCGAGGUUACAACCAUGCUUCGGUCUUCACCACCAAGACCGCUGUCCCCUCCACUCUGUGGGCCUGGAACAAGACUUACGUCUUCCUCGACUCGACCGUCUGGCCUCACGUGAGGCAUGUCUAUGCCGCCAAGGUUGAGCCUCAACUCCACCGAAUCGGGGAUCGUCUGGGUCGCUACAGGGGCAUCAAGUCCAAGUCGACUGAAGACACAGUGACUCAUGCCACACAAGCUGUCAAGUCCACCUUCACCAAGCCCUCCGCUUCGAUCGCUGCCACCACCGCCCCUGCUGAGACAACUGUCGACGUCGAACCCACUUUUGCUUCCGUACCGACCGCCGCCGAGUCAGAGGCCCCCAGCCCAACAGCUGAUACCAACGUCGAUGAGACCCCGGUCACACUCAGCAAGCAAGAGAUUAAGGAUAAGGCUGCUAAGGAAGUUGCUGAUGACCUUGAGUUGUGGCAGGGGAAGUUUACCAAGGCUGCAGAUGAAGGUGCCUCUGAAAUCGAGGAGCGAAUCGAAACUCUGGCAAACGAGGUGAUUGAAGGCGAGGUUCGUGGCAAAGGUCUUCCAUUGGUUUCCGAGCUCAACACCACUGUCGCCAACGAAAUUGCGGGCCUGAAGAAGACUAUCUUGUCCAUCUUGAACAAGCACAAGGAGAACGGAAGCCCUGAUCAGUUUGAGGAUGAGGUCAGUACUGCUGUGCGAAGCGCUGGUCUGAAGAUUAAGGACAAGGCUCAGGGCAUCCGCACCUGGCGCGAGUCCUAUGAACAGCAGGUCGAGGUUGCCGUCACCCACGCUGCGCAGGACCAUGUUCGCAUUCUUGAAAGUAUCCGUGAUCUGGCCCUCCAGAAAAUCGGGAUGAAGUGGGCUUGGAUGGAUGGCGUCACUUACAAGCACUGGCAGAAGUUCCAUGAGCUAAGAGAGAAGUUUGACGAGUGGGUUGAGGAUCUCAAGCGUCUGGUCGUUACGCACCCUGGUCUCAAGGAGGCGCAGAUUGCUGGCAGUGAUGUUGAGGCCCAGGGAAUGGCUAUUGCCGGUGAAGCUGCUCGGGAACUCGCAAGCCUGAAGCAGGUUGCCGCCUGGAAGGCCGUGGCCGGUGACUACACUGACGACUUUGAUGCUUCCACCACAAAGCGUGCUGCUGAGGCUGCCCGACAACAGGCUGCUGAAGCCGCUGAGGCUAUUAAGAACGCUGCAGCAUCUGUCCAAGAGGGCGCUCAGAAGGUUGCAGGCAAGUUGGAGAACCAUGUCAAAUCUGCGAGCGAGUCGGUCGGUGAGGGUGUGUCGAGCGUCAUCCCCAAGGGCACCUCCACGAAGACCAUCUCGGCAGAUGAGACCGUGACUGCUACUGUUUCUCUUUCCGAAGCAAAUGACGAGAAUGAAACCUCUGCUAUCCCUGCUUUAGAGAGCCUGACUGGAGAGCCUACCCACCGCGCUACAGAUCUGGCUUCGGAUGCCGCUGAGACCGAGACGCCCGCUAGCGCACCGGAGGCUACCAGCGCCGCAUCUGAACAACCUCUGCCAACCUCGGACGAACUCAAUGGUCCUGAGCAGAUCGAGGAGGAUAUCGUUGUGACGCCCGAUGCGCCUGACUAUGAGCCACCGGUCCAAUCAGCAACGACUACCAUCAAGCCAGCACUGUUCGGAGCUGCUGCACAAUCGGUUCCAUCCAGACAACCCAUUCUAGACAUUGAUACCGACGACAUUGGUUCUUCCAUCUCCAGUGCUGCUUCUGCAGUGCAAUCCGACUACCCUCACAGCAUCACGUCGGCUGCCCAGUCAGCCUACACGGCUGCCAUCGCAGAGGCUGCAAACCAAUACUCCCGUGCCCUCUCUGCUGUCUCUGUCCAGAUUAGCGGCGAGCCCAAGCCUGCUCAUGAGCAAGCUCUCAGUUCGGUAUCGAGUGCCUACUUCGGCGCGCUUGCUGCUGCCAACUCUCGCUUGAAUGAUGCCGUAUCAGCUGGUUCCGAUGCCGUCUACGGAAGCUCUACCACGGGCUGGACGGAUGCAUUGCCAACGAUCCCAUCUGUGCCUUCUCUAGACUGGGAGCGAGUCCAGUCGAUUGCUCAACAAAACUUUGAUGACUCCAUCCAGUGGGCUGGAGAGAACUACGAGAGUGCCAAGGUGGCCAUCGGGCUCGCUGAACCUACACCCAGCACGGCCGCUGAGCGUGUUCAGAAGCUGUCAGACCAGGCCAAGCACAAUUACUAUGCUGGUCUCGGUGUCGCACAUGCUCGUUACUCGGAGUUCAUUGCGGCUGCUUCCACUGCCAUGAGCUCUUUGACUGCUACACCGACGCCAACGGACGUCCAAGGAUCGGCAAGCUCUAUUGCUUCUGUUGCCACUGAGUCUGCCGGAUCCGUCGUAUCAAUCGCUGGAGAGUCGGUAUCGUCUGCGGCUGCUGCCGCUAGUGAUGCUGCUUCUUCUUUGGCAUCAUCUGUUGGCGAUGCCACCUCCAAUGCUGGCGAUUCAAUUGCAGAGAACUGGGACUACCUCGUCAGCCAAGUCAGCUCUCAGAUCUACGGUGUACCUACCCCCACUCCUUGGUACGAGAACUUUUAUGCUGCAGCUAGUGAUUACGCGGCCUCUGCUACCAAUGUCGCUGCCGAUUACGCUUCCCACGCCGGGGAGUAUGCUGCAGAACAAUACGCCAUUGUCGCAUCGUAUAUCUCGGAGCUCAUCGUCGGAAAGGAACCUACCUUUUCCGAGUCGGUCUCAUCUCGCUUGUCGGAGCUCUACGGUCUGGCAAGCGCCACAGCUGCCAGUGCUGCAAGCCAUGUCACAGACAAUGUUGCCUCUGCAGCCAGUGCCGCUGUUGAAGCCGCCUCUACAGCAACCGAGGGCUUGAAGGAAAAGGUUGAGAACCUGCGAGAUGAACUGUGA